AGUAGCUUGCUCCUCCUCCGCCUCUGUCGCAAUGAGCAGCUGCGAGCUCCCGGCUGCUGUCUCCAUAAAACUCGAUGGAGACGAUGGUAUUGCUGGUGAUCCAAAAGCCGGAGGAGCUCGCGAUCCAAAUCUUGAUGAAGCUCGCGAUCCAGAGCUCGAUGGAGACGAGGACGAGAGGCGGCUCAACGAGCUCGGCUACAAGCAGGAGUACCGGCGCGUCAUGACACCUUUCCAGCAGUUCGCCUAUACUUUCUCCUACACCGCCCCGCUCGGCUUCGUCACUGGAUACUACGGUUACAUGUACUGCUAUGGUGGCCCGCUCGUCAUCUUCUUGGGAAUGCUCGUCACCACUCUCGGAACCUUGAGCGUGCUGCUUGCCAUUGCCGAAGUUUACUCCACCUUCCCGACUCUUGGGAGUGUCUACUACUGGGUUGCGCAGCUCUGUCCGGGCAUGCACUGGCUUUCGUGGCUCGUCGGCUGGAUCUACCUGGUCGGAGCUCUCUGUGGAACCGCGCUCAACGAGUACCUUCUCGCGAAGUUUGCUCAGAAGAUGAUACUUCUCAGCACUGGAGGAGCGCAGGGUGGCGGCUUCAAUCUGUCCAGCUAUCAAGUCACGCUCGUCACCACUUUGGCAUUUGCCGCUCACUUGGGAGUGUCAGUCGUCAGUUCGAAAUGGCUUGGAUACUUGAGCAGUGCUGGAGCUUGGUUCCAAAUGGCUGCGACUUUCAUUGUCGGCGUCACACUCCUCGGGAUCAGUCCCAAGUUCCAGAGCCCCAAGUUUGUCUUCACGGAAUUCGUGAGAGCUCCCGGCCAAGAGCUCCACAGCUCGUGGAUGAUCGUGGCUGCUGGACUGCCUUACUUUCAGGCUAUGCUCACGGGCUUUGAUGUCGGAUCCCACAUUGUCGAGGAAGUAAAGACUGCGGCCAUUGCUGGUCCCCGUGCUAUGAUACGAAGCGCUUAUCUCACGGCCGGGAUCGAUAUGCUGCUGCUCUUCAUCAUGACCUUCUGCAUCCAAAAACCCGAGAAUCUGCUAGCCUUCGACACAGCAACUGGCGGAGGACUCGAGUCGGCUGGAAUCCAGCUCUUCUACGAUUGCUUUGAAGCCAGAUUCAAACGUGGAAACGUUGGAGCGGUCCUCUUCACGGGUCUCGCAGCAACGUCGUUGUUCUUCGCCAACAUUAUCAACGUCACACUGACUGCUCGAUGCGUCUAUGCCAUGGCUAGAGACGCCAGCAUUCCCUUCCAAGCCUUCCUCACUAGACUGACUGCUCGAGAAAGAGUCCCUGUGAACGCCACCUUUGCCACUGUUGCUAUAGCCUUCCUAGCAACACUACCAUCUUCCGGGAGCUCCGUGGCCUUCACUGCUAUAGCAGCCAUGUCGACUGUCACUGCCUGGAUACCUUACAUCAUAGUUCUCUUCUGCAAGCACGCACCGAGCGGUAAGAAGCAUCCACCAGGACCGUAUACUCUACAUGGCUUUGGAGUCUACCUUGGAGCUUGGGGAAGCCUCUGGGGGAUUCUCAUUACAAUUCUUUUCUGCCUGCCGCCAAAGUUUCCCAUUGGAAUCCAGAGCUUCAACUACACCCCGUUGUCGCUCGUUGGAACGAUUGGAGUCGGUGUCGUCUACUGGCAAGUGUAUGGCAAGUGGACAUACACCGGACCAAGGACAACACUCGACGAAAAGAUCGCAUUUUGACCUCUGGCAAAACAAUAUCAAC